AUGCCAUCGCAGGACCCAAUGUGUGGCAAGGGCACUCUGCUUCUCGAGGCUGCGAUUUGGUGGCCAGAGGCUCGCUAUGUCGGCUGCGAUACGGACGAAGCGCAGCUCGAGGCCUGCCAGCAAAACGCCGCCUACAUCGGGGCCGAGGUGGCCACGCAUCUUGCCGACGUGUCAAACCUCAACAGCCUGCCUUUCGCCAACCAGUCCAUCGACAAGUUGAUGACGGCACCACCUUGGGACAGGCAGUUCGAGGCUUCUGGCGGACUACGCAGCUUCUACAGAGCGAUGCUGCCCGAGCUCUUUCGUGUGCUCAGGUCUGAUGGCUCCAUGGCACUGCUGCUGAACAUGGAGGCAGCGAAAAUCAUGCGAGAGCUGCUGACUCAGGAGAAGACGUGGGGUGUUGCCGUCGAGCGCAGGUUCGACAUCACCCACCACACCGUCGGCGUGCUCAUGCUUAUUCAGCCGAAGGAUCCAGGCAGCAACUUCGAAACCGAGUACUCUCUCCUUCCAUGGGAGGAUGAG